AGGUCUCUCCACGCUACCGUGUCAGAAACGUCUACCAAAUGUAGGCGGAGCAGUGUGUCUUUACGUGACAAGUGGUCCAGUGAAGAGCUCUUCAAUGCUCCCACUAUCCCGGCUUGGGUCCCAGAAAAUCCGCAGGAUUAUAUUUAAUUUAAUUCCAGCAGACAGAUACUUUAAAACCUAUUAUCUUCUCAACGCUAGUCAAGGCAAAACAGGUUCUGCUGUACUCCAAGCACAGCUAAAACAAGCAUUGUGAUACCUGUGAAAGGAGUCGGGGAUUUUUUUUUAAAGAGUUCAAUUUUUAUUUUUAAUACAGACUGUAUAUUUUAAAGGGAUUCUCCUACACUUUGAAAACAACAUGCCGCUUUCCAGAUCUUUGUCAAUGACGUCCUUAAACGGGCUUCCCUUAUGGGAAGACGAAGAUCUACCCGUGGAAGAUCUAAUGCUUUUUGAGGUGGCCUGGGAAGUAACUAAUAAAGUUGGAGGAAUUUACACAGUAAUUCAGACCAAAGCCAAAAUCACAGUGGAUGAGUGGGGGGAGAACUUUAUCAUGGUGGGGCCGUACUUUGAGCACAACGUGAAGACGCAGGUGGAACUGUGCGAUCCGCCCAGUCCUGCCAUUCAAAAGGCCAUGGAGAACCUCAGGAACAGUGGCUGCCAGCUGCACUUUGGCAGGUGGCUGAUUGAGGGCAGCCCCUAUGUCCUCCUGUUUGACAUCGCCUCCUCUGCCUGGAACCUGGACAGGUGGAAAGGGGAAUUCUGGGAUACCUGUGGGAUUGGGCUUCCUUUUCACGACCGAGAGGCCAGUGAUUCCUUGAUCUUCGGCUCUCUGACGACCUGGUUCUUCAAAGAGCUCACUGACCAGUUCCAGGACAAGCCUAAUAUCAUUGCUCAUUUCCACGAGUGGCAGGCUGGAGCAGGACUCAUUCUGAGCCGUUCCCGAAAAAUCCCCAUAGCAACCAUCUUCACUACUCAUGCCACACUGCUGGGGCGCUACCUGUGUGCAGGCAAUGCUGACUUCUACAACAACCUGGACAAGUUCAACAUUGACAAGGAAGCCGGCGAGCGGCAGAUCUAUCACCGAUACUGUAUGGAGCGAGCUGCUGUGCACUGCGCCCAUGUCUUUACCACUGUGUCGCAGAUCACUGCCAUUGAAGCUGACCACAUGCUCAAGAGGAAACCAGAUGUUGUUACUCCCAAUGGCCUGAAUGUCAAAAAAUUCUCUGCUGUGCAUGAAUUCCAGAACCUACAUUCCAUGAAUAAGGCACGGAUUCAGGAGUUUGUUCGUGGACAUUUCUAUGGGCACCUUGACUUCAAUUUGGACAAGACACUGUUUUUCUUUAUUGCUGGUCGGUACGAAUUCUCGAAUAAAGGAGCAGAUAUCUUUUUAGAAUCCCUGUCGAGAUUAAACUUCCUUCUCAGGGUUCAUAAAAGUGAUGUGACUGUGGUGGUGUUUUUCAUCAUGCCGGCCAAGACCAAUAACUUCAAUGUGGAGACUCUGAAAGGACAGGCAGUUCGCAAACAGCUCUGGGAUACUGCACACUCGGUAAAAGAGAAGUUUGGUAAAAAACUCUACGAUGCAUUAUUAAAGGGAGAAAUUCCGGACAUGACGAAGAUUCUGGAUAGGGAUGAUAUGACCAUCAUGAAGAGAGCUAUCUAUGCAACACAGCGCCAGAGUCUUCCCCCAGUGACCACGCACAACAUGUUAGAUGACAGCGCGGAUCCCAUUCUCAGCAACAUCCGUCGCAUCGGUCUCUUCAACAGCCGCACGGACCGAGUCAAGGUCGUAUUCCACCCAGAGUUCCUCUCCUCCACCAGCCCCCUGUUGCCGAUGGACUAUGAGGAAUUUGUGCGCGGCUGCCAUCUUGGAGUCUUCCCUUCAUACUAUGAGCCUUGGGGAUACACGCCAGGUGAAUGUACAGUGAUGGGUAUCCCCAGUGUGACCACCAAUCUCUCUGGCUUUGGCUGCUUCAUGCAAGAACAUGUUGCCGAUCCAGCCGCGUAUGGGAUCUAUAUUGUGGACAGGCGUUUCCGCUCGGCGGACGAGUCCUGCAAUCAGCUGACCCAGUUCAUGUUUGGGUUCUGCCAGCAGUCCCGGCGCCAGCGCAUCAUCCAGAGGAACCGUACCGAGAGGCUGUCCGACCUGUUGGACUGGAGGUACCUGGGCCGGUAUUACAUGCAUGCCCGCCACCUUGCCCUGAGCAGAGCUUUCCCAGACAAGUUCAAAAUGGACCCUACAGCCCCUCCACAGACGGAGGGUUUCCGCUACCCUCGGCCUUCCUCAGUCCCCCCAUCGCCCUCGGCUUCCCUGCACUCCACUCCCCACCACAGCGAUGAGGAGGACGAGGAUGAUGAGCGCUAUGAUGAGGAGGAGGAAGCAGAGAAGGACAGGCAGAACAUCAAGGCACCCUUCUCUCUGGGACCCGUGCCCCAGGGCAAGAAGAAGCAGCAUGGCGAAUAUGGCAACUAAGAACCACAGAUGCCACCCCUCUCUCUUCUGCUGUGCACUGUAGUCACCUGCCUGCUUCUGUAGUAGUAGCACCAAUUUAGGAGUUAGGAAUGAUUGACUGAAUGAAGGAAUAUUGGUAUUUUUCAUUAUAAUCUGACCCAAGGGGUUUUAAUCUUUCCAUUUGUCCAACAAUGUAUUGGUAAGAAGUAGUGACUGACUAGCUUUAUCAGAAAAAAUACUCAUCGAUGUAUUGUCAUCUUGGGAAGGUUGUCUAUAGAGUAAACAACUCUAAGCUUUAUAAUUCUACCGGUGUGAAAGCUACUGUUUCAGUGAAUGGCAAUAUUCCAAAUGAUUUCUGUGGUCAAAAUUGACCAUUAUUUAUUCUUUCUACAGCAUGUUAAAAUGAAAACCACACAAGGGAAAAAAAUCAGUGUGCCAGUAAGAUCUGCGUUAUGUACACCAAACUGUUUCAGAGUUUGCCAGAUGCCAGAUGUUGUCUUUUGACUUGUUAAAAGAGCUUUCAUGGAGCAAGUGUGUAUCAGAGGAUAUGUUUUCUUACCUUCUGAAAUUGUUGACAUUGUUUGGAAGAUUAUUGACAUGAAAUGAAGUAACUAUAAAAAAAAACCAAAGUAAUUGACAAAUGAAUUUAUAUUUACCUUCCAAAGUA